AUGAAAGAUGACGAAAUGAAUUAUGCAAAGGAGAACAUGAAAAAUAAAAAUGACAAUAAAAUAAACUAUAUGCAUCACAUUCUAGAAAGCAAAUUUGAUAAAAAAAUAAAAGAAAAACAAGAUAUUUAUGAAAUAAAUACAGAUUUAACAAACUAUGAAGAUUACAUUUCCCCCCAAAAAAAAAGAGCUUUUACCCUUGGUGCCAUUGAUGGGAUAGGGGGUAUUAGCAUUCUAAAUGCACCUUUAAUAAAUCCUGAGAGUGCAAACAUUGACCCACCAAUUUUACAGUUACCAUCGGCGACCAAUUUAAUAAAAAAUGUUCAUGUUAAAGUUCAUUUUGAUAAAAAUAUUGACAAAUCGUAUAAAUACAGAACACAAAAUAGCAAUAAAGAUGUUAUAAAAAACAUGAAGCCCUUGUAUUCCCUCCCAGAGAAAGUUAUAACACAUUAUAUGCACGACAGUGUUCGGAGGAAGGCGAAAAAUUCGGGUGUUCAAAAGGGUCGAGGAUCAUGCGCAAGGAGUGUAGAAACAACAGGACAUGAUCAUAUCAGGAAAAAAGAUCACCAUAUUGAAGAAUCAUGUGAAAAUAUACCAUGUGAACAAACAAACACAGAAAAAAACAACCCAUUUGAAGACAAAGAGUUAUCGCUUGAUUCAAAUGAUAAACAAUAUAAUUCACUUUCAGGGGGAGAUGAUAAUAUAAAAAGGUGCGAUGUAUCAACGAUUAUUGAAAAAGUAGAGUUAUGUGAUAAUGAAAAACUGAAAAUGUUCACCAAAACAAAAUUAGUAAAAAAAAGUGAAGGCAUAAACAAGUUCACCAAUGUUACUAAUAUUUCUAUGGGAAAUAAUAAUACCUCAUUAGAAAAUGCUAAUAGCACUAGUGUAAAUAUGAAUUACGAAAAAAAUUCGGAGGAGAACGACAAAGACCAACUUAAUUUUUUUAAACUAAAUCAAAUCAUGUCAUCUGCCUUAACGAAUACCCUUAGAAUAUUGGCUGAUGAUGUUUUCGUUUAA